CCACCUCUACUUACUCGCUACGCUCCAUCGAAAUAAACCAGUAAAAAAAACCCUGGGAUCGAUCCUCGUGCCCACAGCAGAUCGAUCUGCGCCACAAUCCUUACCUUCGCACGCCCGAUCCCUUUGCCGGCGCCGAGCAGUCAUCGAGGAGCCGGCGUCGAGGUCCUCAAGGAGGUGCCGCCGCCGUCGUUGCAGGCCUCCGGGUUGCCAUCGGGACACCGCUGCCGAGAUCCGCCUUCGCCUUCGUCCGACAGAGGCGGCGGAAGGCAGCUGGGAGGGGAAGCGCACAACGACCCGGAAGACAUCCGCCCUCACGCGCUCAUCGUCUUGCUCGAUCUACCCGAGGGCUGCCGAUGGGCGCCUCGGCGGCGGCCACAGCGAGAUCUGCGUCUGGGACGUGACAAUCCCUCCGCCCCGGUCGCCGGUGAGAUUUCACUGCCUCGAUCCUUCCGGUCCCAGUUUAUCAGGUCAUCCCUGACAAGAGGGAGCGAGAGAUGCUACUGCCGGGCACGUGCACGCACGCGGGGCGGCCGCCUGCGAUCAGGGCCGCGUCCUCUCUCCUUCGUCGACCAUGGCCUCCGAACCACUCCGUUGUACCUCUGCGCCCAAGUGUCCGCUCCUCGAUCUUCAACAGAUUUGUUAUCGCCUCUCUUCCGUUGCAGGUCAAUCCCAAUUUGAUUUCUUAUCUGCUAUAUUGCAUUUGUUCUCCCAAAUGGGUCACCGUGCCUUCUGUGUCAAAAUUUGGAGAUGUAGUUCUGAAAACCAGUGAACAAGGAGAAAUUUGGAGAUGUAGUUCUAAAAACCAGUGAACAAGAAGCACAUGGGAGCCACUCAAUGCUCUACUAUUGAAAGUUGAGUAGGUGAUUAUGAGAUGAAGACGCUGGAAGAAGUUGGUGUGGUUGUUUGUCAGUAAAACUUAUCUGUAGUCAAGUCAUACCCAGCCCGUUGACCAUCAUCUGAAUGCCUCUGAUAAUAAUCAAGUGUUUUCUAUUGAAUAUGUUACAAUCCAUUCUGAAGCAAACUGAGUUACUAGCAGUUUAAGAAGAUGUUAUACACCUGACUGACAAAGAUCUUUUUUAUAUCCAUAAGGCAUUUCAUGACGAUCCAAGUAUAUUGCUGAUCAAAUAGAAAACAUGUAAUUUUCUGUUUCGGUAAUAAAUGGGCAAUUCAACGUAUAGCUGGGGCAGCCUGAUUUCCUCUUACACAUGCCCGCUAGCAGCAGCAGUUACAACCAGGCGGUUGCGGCCUGACUUGGCGGCUCUUCCUUUUUGUUUUGUGUUUGAAUCAGAUUUGGUGGUCUCGAUUUUACAGGCAUGUGUUGAUCUUGGUCUUGUUCUGUAUGCAGGUAGGGUACACUUGAUGUUUCAUGUUUGGUGAAAGAAAAGGAGCUUCCUAUGUUGAUUUCGGGCAAGACAUACAUUCUGCCAUGCAUUAGUAGAUCAAUUGCUUCUUUGUGUAGGGGAACGAUUAGUGAUUGAAUCUCUCUGUCUUGUUUCUUGAUUAUCCAAUUAGUUUACCCUCAUCUAUGCAUAAAUUGGUCCGAUUGAGUUAUGCCAUUUUUUUAAUAAUCUAUAUUGGUUUUAUAUAUGACUAGAACAAUAUGAUACGAUGCACAUCGGUCCACUUUACUGGCAGCUAUCCUUCAAGAUUGAGGGGAGGCACUCUUGUGGACCUGCUCAAUGUUCGAGGAGAUACGGCUGACUAAACAAGGUUAUUUUAAAGUUCUGUGUGGUUCAUGUUAGCUAUCUAUCAGUAAUAGUACAACCUUGAUUUUUAUGUCGUUCAGGUUUACCUAACCAUCAGUAACAUUACUUUCUAUUGGAGACUUCUUACAGGAGGUGCUUAUAAAAUGAUAGUUGAACAUGUACAGAGUUUGGAUCACGAUCAUCUAUUUACCAGGCAUCAGUUAACUCAAGGCAUCGAUCAAAAUCUAGCAUUCUUUGUUGUGUGCAUCAUGGAGAAGACAAAGAACAGAGAUUGUGUGAUAUAUCCGAUAACGCAAUAUAAUUUUCUCUUGCAUAUUUAUAAUCUGCCAUUUGAAUGAUGUUUUCUGUGUUGUAGUCAAAUCAAGACAAUUUGCAACUUUGGUGUUAUGACGUUGGAGGCCGUGCUCAACAGCAAUGGGGGACUGUUCGUUGAUGCCCGACCCACGAUGCCGGCGAAGGAAUGAGAGUCGACGAGGAGUGGACGCCAUGGGUUCGUGAACUGGCGAAGCCUCCGUUGUCCGUUUGGUAAUGUCCGACGCAUUAGAGGCAUAGUAUGACUUGUCUCGAUUAUGAUGUCGUCCACAAACAUCCAACGGAGGGGAACCCGUCCCAGUUUCCAUCUUGAUGACUACAAAUAGAGGGAAGUUGGCCUGUGCCUUACUAGAGACAAAUGAACCAAUAAAAUGAUUGGAAAGGUUCUUCCCAAGCAAAAGGACGCCGCCGUCGCCUCGUAUCCCCACACGCCGCUAGCAUGGCCGUGACAACUGAUGAGCACGCUCCACCCCCAUUCCUGCCACAGAUGAAGAAAAGUAGGCUCAAUCGGGCCAUGACUAGAGUUGAAGAAGGCUCAGGCAGAUGGUGAUACUCUCAAACCAGCAACACCGAAGACGAGCCCAGCGGCAACAUGAUGGAGACCAGCUGUACUUCUUGAUCUGGUAUCUGAAUCAUUGGUCGUCAGUGUUUCCACGGAAAGCGUGUAGAGGUAGAUGGUUCUGCCGAUAACCGGCACACUGAGGUAGGUGUAGGUCUGGACGCUGGUGCUGUUGGAGGCGCGCCGAUCGAGCUCAGCCAUCACUCAGCCGGGCAGUACUUUGAGCUGUCACAGAAAUAUCAUGAUCAUCUUUUAGCGAAUACAAAGGCUAGGCGGGGCGGUCGAUUUGCAGCGGGGUGGCGUGAGGGAUAUCUCGUUUGGAAGAGCAGGUGGAGUACAAGGUCGCGUCGAGGUCCAAUGACCGGAAUAUCGGCUCCACAGAGGACGCCAUCACAGGUGCGUCGAUCUCAAUCUUCUCCUCCAUUGCCAUUGUCAUCGUUACCCGUGUGUGUAGCAGGUGUGCUCUCACACUCAAGAAUUUUCAGUACGUGAUGGGUUCUUUCUAACUCAGAUCUUGCUUGCCUUAUCGUGACAUCUUCUUUGCCAUGGUAAGCACAUCAUGGUUCGUUCGCCCUCAUGACUUUUUUUUAUGACAUUAAUGGAGUUCAGAAAGCAGUUUUAGUGAAGAUCGAAUGGUUUUUAGAUUAAGUAGAGAAUACAAGAGUACUCUUCUGUAGUGUAUUGUUGUUCAACUGAGACAUAUGCAGUGGGUUUGAUGGCCGCAGGAUAAUUAAAGCCAAGGUAAAGACUAUACAUUCACAAUUCCUAUUGUUAUAAACAGGAAAAAAAAGAUAUAGGCGAAUACUACUGUUUUAGAUGCCGGUAAAAUGGACUAGAAUUUCAUGAGUUGUUUAGUCAGCAUGCUACCGCUCAUCAGAGGCAGAGGACCAAAUUUUUUCGAGGUAGGUCAGCCAAGACUACAGCACGUGAGACUUCCUCACUGCUAGCCUCUAGCGCUAGGGCGUGCGUCUUCACCGUCCACCUUGGCCUCCGGCACAAACACUCCUGCUGCUUGCUGCUAGGCGCUAGCCCGCUGGGGUUCGCGCGUGGCAUGCGCUAGGGCUGGUGGUUUGUGUUCUGCUGUUCCUGUUCAUACCUUUGUGAUGACUGGUUCGGUACGUCGUGUGUGUGACGUAUGUGCAGCCAUCAGGCAAGGGCAUGACCCAAAUAAGGAUCCUUCUAAGAAGUCACGACCCAACAUCAAAGAUAACUCUUCCUUUCAUUGACUUAUUGCACCUGUCAUCCGUCGAUCGAGCGUAUUUGCCGGAAAAUAAAGGUUGGGCGGACACCCUGUAUCUUCAGUAUUUCUCCCACUUUUUCUUCUACAUGUGUAAAUGUAGUUACACUUGAGAAAGCGAGAAAUAUUUGUUUUGUCAAAAAAAUGACAUAUCUUUGUUAUCUGGAUGCCCGUGCGUUGAUAGGUGCGUGUGUGUUUAGCAAUGGGAGCUAUAUCCCAAGUGCAUGUGUUUAGAUAGUGAAUUUAAGUACUACUUAUUUUGGCAAAGUGUCCUUUCCAGUAUGGUUUUGAAUUCAGAAUUGUUACAUAAGGAGCACCGGUGAUUUCAUUAAUCUACAAAAAUAUAGAUUGUUCCUUCAAACUACCUGUUUCUACUCUAUUAGAUGUUCGUAAGCAAUAUUAUGCUAUUAAGAUGCCAUUUUUAAAUUGCCUUUUGGCCUUUGGAUCACAACUAUUUUGUUUUGCUUCAUUUUAAGUAAAAUUGAGCAGGUUGUGUGUCCUGUUUUGCACACAUUUUUGCUUCGGUAAUGUAAGUCCAUUAACCUUCAAUUCUUCUAUACUUUAUAUGAUUAUGCAAUCUACCACUUACAUGUAAAGAGUGUCAUAUCUUAGUUUGCUGCAAUUUAUGCCCCUACAGAAGAAACGGUUUCACGGCAAGGCAACAAAAGUUAUUACGGCAUAGAGCUUCUAUCAAGUAAAUUUCCUAGCAAAGAAAUGAGCACUUUUUUUCGAGAAAACGCAAAGGACCUUUGCAUUUCAUUUCAUGGAAAAGGUAGACCAAUCCUCCUAGGAGGUGAGCAGUACAAAGAAAAGCACAAAAUCAGUGGACAUCCCAGGUUGUGGGCAGAACAACCCGAAGUCCCUGGGCUCCUGCUUCAGCCCAACACCGGGCCUCGUCCUUGAUCCUAACCACUAGUGAUUCGAUGGAUGGCGUGGCGUUGUCGAAGACACAGGCGUUCCUGUGCUUCCAGAGCAUCCAGGGCACAAGAAGCGCGAUGGAUUUGAGGGCCUUCCGAUGCGCCGGCGGCGUGAGCUCUUUCGCGCCCAGCCACCACUCCGUGACCGUGUGCUCCUGAUCGGGGAUUUGGACCGGAAUAAUCAACCAAUCAAGGACAAUGUGCCAGGUCUGACGUGUAAAGGGGCAGGUCAGCAGCAGGUGCUGGAUAGUUUCCACGGCCUGGUCGCAAAGGAGGCAUCGAGGGUGAUGCUGCAAGCCACGUCGCGCGAGCCUCUCAGCAGUCCAGCAGCGAUCCUGGUCGGCGAGCCAAUGGAAAAUUUUUACCCGUGGAGGCGCCCAACUCUUCCAUACCAACUUCCAAGAAUGGCACCGCGUGGAUCCCUGGAAAGUGGCCGCAUAACAUGAGCGCGCCGAGUAGGUGCCAUUGGUGGUCCACCUCCAGAGCAGGCGAUCCGGCUCGUUCGUCAGGAUGGUGUGGCACACAGCCUGCCAUAGCAGUAAGUAUUGUCCGAUCUCGUUCAGACCCAAGACCCCUUGAAUAUCAUGUGCCCAAGAGUUACCCGCCAGCCCUUCAGCCACCGUCCUGGCCUUGCGUCGAUGUUUGGGAAUGCAUUGGUGGAGUAGGGGAGCUAUCUCACCUACAGACUGCCCGCCAAUCCAGCGAUCUUCCCAAAAAAGCGCCGUCGAGCCACUUCCAAUGAUCAUGGUAGUGGAGGCAAAGAAGAGCGCGCGCUCCUCGUGAGAGAAUUGCAGAUCGAGACCUUGCCAGGCACGGUCUGGAUCGACGCGGACGAACCAGAGCCAUCGCAAUCAUAGCGCGAGGCCAGCGCGCUCCAGGUCUCGGACUCCCAGCCCACCAUACGUGAUAGGACGGCACACACGGCUCCAGUUGACAUGGCAAUGGCCACCGUUGGCCACGGCCCGCCCAGCCCACAAGAAGCCUCGCUGGAUCUUCGCCAAUUGUUUGAGCGUCUUCUUCGGGGGAGCGAACGCGAGCAGCUGGUGCACUGGUAUUGCGUUGAGGACCGAUUUGACAAGGGCAAGACGCCCGGCUUUGUUCAUGAGCCACGCCUUCCAGGUAGGAAGCCGGGCAGCCACCGUAUCAACGAGGGGCUGCAACUGGGCGGCGGAAGGCCGUCGCGUCGACAACGGGAUGCCCAGAUAAGUGAUGGGGAGCUGCACCACCGGGCAACCCAAUUGGGCGAUCACCUCUUGUCCCUGCAUAUCACCGUGCAGGACGGUGGCAGAGCUCUUCGCAUAGUUAACCAGCAGCCCGCUCGCUUUGCCGAACAGGGUCAAGAUACCCUUGAUGGCAGCAGUGUCCUCCGGCGUGGCAUGACAGAAUAGCAUCACAUUGUCAGCAUAGAGGGAGAUCGCUGGGAUUGGGCGUCGGGGGUGCAACUGCUGCAGAAUGCCGGCAUCGAGCGCUCGGCGCAUCAACCGCCCAAGCGUGUCCACAGCGAGAACGAACAGCUAGGGGGACAUGGAGUCGCCUUGGCGCAGGCCACAACGGUGCCAGAUCGGGGGGCCUGGCCCGCCGUUCAUCAUGACACGGGUGCUGGACGUCGAAAGCAGGAUCGCAAGCCAUUCCCGAAAUCUGUCCCCGAACCCAUAUUGGCGCAAAACCUCAAAGAGGAAUGGCCAAGAUAUGGAGUCAAAGGCGCGCGUGAGGUCGAGCUUGAGCAUGAUCCGCGGAGCUCCGAGUUGGUGCAGCAAUUUGAGAGAUUGCCUCACGAGGAUGAAGUUAUCAUGGAGGCUCCGGCCGGUGAUGAACGCGUUCUGGUUGCGACUGACCAGGCUAUCCAAUCUGGGGGCAAGCCGCAGAGACAGGACCUUGGUGAAUAUCUUGGCCAUGAUAUGGAUCAAGCAGAUCGGGCGGUAGUCGCGGAGCUGCUGGGCGUCGGCGCGCUUGGGCAGAAGGGUCAUGAGGGCUUGGUUGAGCUUGCCAAAGCCACGGCCCCGCAUCUCGAACAGUUGCUGGAAGACAUCCAUAAGGUCCUGUCGAACGAUGGUCCAGCAAGCUCGCAGGAACUCCGCAGUGAAGCCGUCAGGCCUAGGUGCCUUGCGAGCGGGGAGGCGCUUGAUCGCGUCCCAAACCUCCUCCACGCUGAAGGGAGCGUCCAGGCUCGCCAGAUCACAAGGCUCAGUGAGCCCCUCCAGGUUGAGCGUAAGGUCGCGGUCGGCGGCCGUGCCCAGGAUCUCGCCAAAGUGCUCGAAAGCAGCCUGCGCCAUCGCGUCCUGGUCGGUGAGCGUGUGCCCAUCCACGGCCAGGCUGAAGAUUCGAUUCUUCUGACGGCGAAAGGAGCAUUGCCGUUGGAAGAAUCCCGUGCUAGCGUCGCCGUCCUUGAGCGUGGCGAUGCGGGCGCGCUGCCUGGCGAUGGUGCGCUCCAACGAAGCGAGGCCAAGGUACGAGACCUUGAGGCGCUUUCGCAGCCAAUCCUCCUCCGGAGUGAGAGCUCGAUCCUCCCGGGCCUUGUCAAAGCGCGAUAUGAGCUCACGAGAAAUGGCCAACUUGUCGCGAAUACUGCCUGUCUUCUUGGCACUCCAGCUUGUGAGCCUGCGCGCCGUGGCCUGGAAGCGCAACAUCAAUCGAUGGAAGGGGUCAGGGUCAUGGACCGAGCCCCAAGCUGCAGCCACCGUGUCGUGGAACCCAUCAAGCCUCAACCAGAAGUCCUCAAAAUGAAAACGUCUAUGCGCCGUGAGCAUGGGGGAGCAGUCCAGCAGCAGGGGGGAGUGGUCCGAGAUGAUCGACGCAAGGCAGCGAAGGUGACAUUCGCCGUGAGCAUCCUCCCAGUCCGAGGUGCAGAGCACACGAUCCAGGUGCACAAGAGUGGGAGGGGACUGCUCGUUCGACCACAUGAAGCGACGCCCGUUGAGGUAGACCUCCUUAAGCGCAAGGUCAUUGACGAGGCGACGGAAUCUGCCCAUCAUACGACGAUUUAAGUUACCGUUGUUCUUGUCCACGUCGCGCAGGAUGAGGUUGAAGUCUCCGCAAAGCAUCCAAGGCCCGGGAUAGGCCGCACGAAUCUCCCUCAGCUCAAGCAUGAACGCAAUUUUGUCCGCGUCGUCCUGGGGUCCAUACACUACAGAGAGCCACCAAGGGAUGCCCGAGGCCGUGGCCACUUUGGCCGAGAGGGCAUUCGUGGUGAACAACGGGUCCGUGAUAGUCACGACCCUGCUCUUCCAAGCCAGUAAGAUGCCGCCCCGCGUGCCAAGAGCCGGGAGGUAUGUGUAGUCAUCAAACUCUGAACCAGGGGUGUCAAGAACAACAGACGAACAAAGCAACUCCAUCUUAGUUUCCUGCAAGCACACAAUGGAGGCAGCGGUGGUAUCCAACAGCGAGCGAAUGGCGGUGCGCCGGCUCCACGAAUUCAGGCCGCGCACAUUCCAUACAGCAAUCUUAAGGCCGUGAUCCAUGGAAAGUGGAUCGACGGGGAGCGGGCAGGAGCCGCCUAGGAUGUGCAGGCGACCUCGACAUGUGCUGGCGCGAUCGGCGGGCAGGAUAGGCAUGCUGGGAUCUCGCGGUCGACCAACGCGGCCAUGGCCUUGAGCACCUGGAGCGGGAUGGGCAUCGCAAACAUGCCAUCGUAGGCCUUCAUCUCGGCGGGGGUUAUCUUCUGAUUCGUCCCAAUGAUCCCCAGGGUGCGCAGGAUUUGGACCUGCGCACGUCUCUCGGCAGUGGGUGGCGCCGCCGCCGGGCGGGCAGUGGCAGCCGAGCGGCCGCGACGGGGGGAGAAGUUCAGGGGCCUGCACGGCCUCCUCCCAGGCGUCGGCAGGGCCGCAUCGAUGUGCUUGGUGGCGGCGGCCAGAAAUUCCCCCAACGUUAGGGAGCUUGGCGCAGCGGGACGGGCGCGGGAACAGCGCAUGGUGAUCGGCGGGGAUGCGAAGCGCUCGGCAGCAGGCAGAUUCGUCCGCAGUUGGGCCCUCGCAGGCGUGCGGGCCUCCAAGUUGAGUCCCGUUGCGAUGAUCGGGCUUUGUGGCCUCUGCAGAAUAGUCACCUGGGGCGAGAGCCCAGUGUCCUCAAUGGGCUGGGCCUGGGGCAGUAGAGAGGCCUUGGCCUGGGGGGACAAGGUGGGGCGCUCCUCUCCACCCACGACGCGCGCAUGGGGCCCGGAGGACCGGUCAGCGGGGACAGGGCCGUCGUCAGGUGGGGGUGCAGGCGAGACGCCGCUUUGCCCCGACAAGCAGGCCGGCACAGGCUGUGAGGCUGGUCCCACGCGCAUCUCGGGCAGAUCCCGACAAUUCCUCGGAUCAGGAGCAUCAGAACCAGGGCCCAUACAAUCCUCCUCGGGGGCAUCCGAUGGUGUGAGAUUCAAAUCUCGGGAUCCUUUCGGAGUGUUCUCCGCGAAUGGGGGCAUGCCACUUGGUCCGUGGCCUGGCUCCACGCUGGGGAUUGGAGCAGCCGAGGGGCCAGGCGGGGGGCCACCGACAGGCGUCCUUCGCGCAUCUCCGUCAUCUCCUGCAGCAACAGAGGCCCUGCCCGCCUGGGCCACCGCCAAAGCUUGCUUUGGCUUUCUUUUGCGCCUCCCUUUACUGGCGCGGCCACGCAUGUUGGUGGGGCCAUGCUGAUCGCGCUGCUGCUCCAGCUGACCACGCUGCCCAGGCCAGGACUCUAUGGCGCAGCCGCGACGGUGUACGGACGGCGGCGCAACCGCGGAGGGCGGCGCGGGCCAUGCAGACGCGACGGACAGACCGUCGGUGCGCGCAGCGCGGUUCCCAACCCGCCACCCCAGGGAGUCGACGGCCAUGCCAUCAGCCGGCCGGCCGGCGGCGCCUCCGAGCGUCGACGCUUGCGACCGCGGCGACGCGCACGGCCAGGGCCGCUGCCACGAGCAGGGCCGUCGCCAUCACCGGCCGGUCCGUCGCGAGCGCCAGCACGGGGAGCUGGGGCGCCGAUCCUCUCCGCACGGGCCAGCGCGAUGGAAAUCGGGUAGGUGAGGGUCCGGAUGGCAGGCGCCUCCGAGCCCACGCGCGCGGGGAUCUGUUCCACGAUUUCCAGGAUGGCGGCGCGGCGGAUGUUGGCAGGAUCAUGCGUGCGCCCCGCCAGCCGGAAGACAGCCAAAUCAGCCCUAGAACGCGUGCCGGGGUGGAGUCUCUCAAUCCAGCAGCUCUCCCCAAGAAUAUGCUCGGCCGUCGAGAGGUGCCAUGCCUGAGCGGGGAUGCCCCGGAGCUCAAGCUCGACGCGGUGCUCGAACUGGCCGGAGCCCGCAUGAGCCAGCUUGCUCCAGGGUCGCACAGAGAGGGAGAACCGCGGGGAGCGGAUGAAGUGAUCACCGUUGAGGCGAUCCAUGGUCGAGCGCGAGUUGAAGAGGAUCAGAAAAUCUUCGGGGUGAUGGACGUGAACUGUGAAGUCACCGUCGACGAGCUCGAGGGAGGAGAUGAGCACGUCGGCGACCUCGGCAGCGGACACGGGUGGCCUGUUGCCAGUAAUGGAGGCCACCAUCGCGCGGGUGAGAACCACCUCGGCCUCCUCCAUCUCAACCGAGUGCGACAUGAUGACCCGCACCGGUGCGGGGGCGGGAGCCAAGGGAGCGCGGACCACCGGAGCAGCAGGUGGUGGCGGCGACGGCGUUGUGGCCCGAGGCGCAGCCCCGCGAACAGCAGGGCCCGAGCGGCCGGAGUCGGCCCGGGAACAUGUGUCAGACCCUGAUGGCACGUUUCUUGACAGCAGCGCCAUGGAAAUCUUGCUGGGGCUUGGCAGCCUUGCAUGUUUAUACCUUAAACAUGUUCCAAGACUGCUCAACGACAAGUUGAAUUUUGACCCUCCCUGAAUGGUCUCUACAAGGCUACAUGGGCCAUGGGCUGAAGUAUAUCAUGAGAUUUACCCAAUCCACCUUACAUUCAACUAUGCACAAUAGCGAUGCCAUGUUUUUAAAUAAUCUAUAUAUAUGCUUCUACAUUGAAAUCCAAUUUCAUCAUAAUUUUGCUAUUUUAUAAUAGUAUAACACUGGUAGACGUAUGGGUUGUCCCUCUAAAAUUUAAGCUUCGUCUCCAUGCUUGCUUUUGUCUAUUGGUACCCUGAUUUUCUUAGAAAGGUGGUCUUGUGAUUACUGAGUUAACAGCUGUUGUCGAAAUAUUCAGAAAAUUCAGUUUUAUUUGAGUCGUAGCUGUAGUUGUUUGAACUCAGUUUCGUCAGCUUGUUUUCUUCAGUUAAACUUUAGCAGAAACAUACCAAGCUGUGACGAUGUCCUAGAUUGUUAGGAUAGAUCCUCGCAAUGAUUGGAUCGUGGGAUGGCACGGCACAACGGUCACGGCGAUGAUGCAGAGAGGUGUGCAAGGAGUUCUAGGAUGGCGGCACUCACAACUCGGAUAUGUCAUGCUUUUCCGUUUUUCAGUUAGCAUUGUAAUCACUCAAUAAAUAGAGGAGGGAGAAGAAAAGUUGUAGACUGAACACAGCACAAAACAUCGUCUCUCUCUCUCUCUCUGUCUCUCUCUCUUUGUUAGCUCUCCAAUUUAUGAAAUAUUUAGUUUUCAGUGGUUGCCCUUUUUAUAUAUUUUAUUUUAACUAAAUUCACAUCUCCAUGGUUCAGCCCGUCUUUCUGGCUUGAGGCUUAUCAAACACUUUUGGGUUCAAGAUUCAUGACAAACAAGGCAAGAUGCACAAAUUUAACUGUGGUAUGCACACUCAUUUUGGUGUCACACAACUGGAGUUAUAUCAUCGCUCUUUCUUUUCCCAUGUCAUGCCCACUAAUUUAUACUAUUGUAACCUACCUCAAAUUCUGGUACUGUUCAAGCUCCAUUCUCUAUAUAUGUGCCUAUAUACCUAUAUCACUGUCAGUUCUCUAAGGUUUCUUCUUUUCCUAAUACCAUUUGACAGUACGAAGAUGAUGAUCACAAUAAAGUCAUGCUCUCAUCGGAUUCCGACGAAGGGGAGCCUUGGCGCAGUGGUAAAGCUGCUGCCUUGUGACCAUGAGGUCACGGGUUCAAGUCCUGGAAACAGCCUCUUACAGAAAUAUAGGGAAAGGCUGCGUACUAUAGACCCAAAGUGGUCGGACCCUUCCCCGACCCUGCGCAAGCGGGAGCUACAUGCACCGGGCUGCCCUUUUUUUUAUUUUCUCAUCGGAUUCCGACCAUAUAGCGACUGUGUACCAUGCAAAGCAAAUCGCUUGGAAGGUAAUAAGAGGCAAAUUCAACCUUCACUCUACAAAAUCUGCAACACAUCAUAUUAAUUGGAAACUCAAAUCUUGAUUGCAAAAGUUAAGUCUGUGCUAUAAAUGCAGGCAAUACAAAAGGUAGGAAGAACUUAGGAAGGUUCCUUUUUUGUCCUCGUAAUGGGACAAUUUAACUAAGUUGCUCUCUGCUGGUUGUUUGAAGACAAAUUAUAAUGUGUAACCUAUCAAAUACUAAAUUAAACUUUAUCCUCAGUUCCAUGUUAUUCCAUGUAGUAGUGUAUGCGGAAAUUAUAUUGAUGAUUUCAUUUUACCUUCAUAUCUGCUUAAUUUUCUUACCAAACACAAAAGCUCUAUGUCUUGAUGUGUUCAUAGAAGCGAAGAUAUAAAUCAUGAUGCAAGCCUAAUACGCUGAUAAUAUUUUUACGGUUCAAUGUUCCUAUGAGGGGAGUGGGUGGGGACGGCAAUGAGUGUCUUAACAUAUCAAGCAGUUGCCGCCUAUGAGGGGAGUGAGUGGAGAUGGUCAGAUCUGUGCGGCGGAGGGGUGAUGGAAGCUCGAAUGGAAGAUUUCUCGCGAGCAUCGGAGCAAUUUAUUGGCCAGAUCGACCAUAAAGCUCCUACAUAGACAUGAAGGAUUGUCAUUAUUAAGAAGUUCAAUCUUUGGAAAUUCAGCAUGUGACACUGUAAAAAUAGAAAGAAGCUAGAAAAUUGUCUCUGGCCGAUUUCGUAUGUAGCUGUGAGCAUUGCUAAUUUCUGUCAACAUGAACGAGAUCUGGACUAUUUAUAUAGCUACCAUGUGCUCAACAAAUUGUCUGAUAAUGUAACACUCCUGAAUAGAUUGAUGUAUGAUAAGCACAUGUGUUAAUUUUGGAGCA